CGAGGACCUCCCAUGCAUCGGAUGCCCUACGUCACCUCUCCGUACGACCGCCCAGCCUGGAAUCCGCGCUACUGCGUUAUUUCUGGAAACCAGCUUCUUAUGCUUGAUGAGGACGAGGUCAAUCCGUUGUUGAUCCGUGAGAGAAGAAGCGACCCAACCAGAACUAAAUUCUUGAGACGCACAGUCAGUGUCCCCGUGGAGGGGAAACCACUUGACGAAUACGAUUAUCACGUUGCACGUUCCCGGAGGAAAAGCGUCCCGGGUGGAAGACAGCCCAGUAUGGACGCACCUCCAACUGCGCCUUUCCGUCCAUCGCAAGGUUUUCUGAGCCGUCGCUUGAAAAGUUCUAUAAAAAGGACAAAAAGUCAGCCCAAACUAGAUAGAACUAGCAGCUUCCGACAGAUUCUUCCUCGAUUCCGGAGUGCGGACCAUGACAGGGCACGUCUUAUGCAGGCCUUCAAGGAGUCACACUCCCACGAGUCUCUGCUUAGUCCCAGCAGUGCAGCUGAAGCUUUGGACCUCAAUUUGGAUGAAGAGUCUGUGGUUAAGCCAAUACACAGCAGCAUUCUGGGACAGGAGUUCUGUUUUGAGGUGACUACAGCAUCGGGUACCAAGUGUUUUGCUUGCCGUUCAGCUGCAGAAAGAGACAAAUGGAUUGAGAACUUACAGAGAGCUGUCAAGCCCAACAAGGAUAACAGCCGGAGAGUUGAUAAUGUACUUAAGUUAUGGAUUAUCGAAGCUCGCGACCUACCCCCUAAAAAGCGCUAUUACUGCGAGCUCUGUUUGGACGAUGUCUUGUAUGCGCGAACCACCAGCAAAGCCAGGGGAGAGACCGUUUUCUGGGGAGAGCACUUUGAGUUUAACAACUUGCCAUCCAUCCGAAACCUACGCUUGCACCUUUACAAGGACACGGAUAAAAAACGACGCAAAGAGAAGAGUAAUUAUAUUGGUAUGGUGAAUGUACCCAUUCCCAGCAUCAGCGGGCGCCAUUUUGUUGAACAGUGGUACCCAGUCAGCCAGCCCACAUCAUACAAAGGAAAAAGUAGCUGUCCUUCCAUCCGCCUAAAAUCCCGCUACCAGUCCAUGAGUAUCCUUCCGAUGGAGCUGUACAAGGAGUUUGCCGAGUAUGUUACCAACAACUACAGGAUGUUGUGUGCUGUGUUGGAGCCCGUACUGAGCGUAAAGAGCAAAGAGGAAGUCGCCUGUGCUCUGGUGCAUAUACUGCAAAGUACGGGGAAGGCAAAGGACUUCCUUUCAGACAUGGCUAUGACAGAGGUUGAUCGCUUCCUUGACAGAGAGCACCUUAUUCUCCGUGAGAACACACUUGCAACUAAAGCCAUAGAGGAGUAUCUGAAACUGAUAGGACAGAGAUACCUCAAGGAAGCCAUUGGUGAGUUUAUUCGGGCUCUGUACGAGUCGGAGGAGGACUGCGAGGUUGAUCCAAUGCGUUGUCCGCCCUCUGCACUGCUCGAUCACCAGGCCAAUCUCAGGAUGUGCUGUGAACUUGCUCUCUGCAAGGUCUUAAAUUCCCAUUGUGUAUUUCCUCGGGAGCUGAAAGAGGUAUUUGCGUCCUGGAGGAUGCGCUGUGCAGAACGCGGCCGGGAAGACAUAGCAGACCGACUCAUCAGUGCCUCUCUCUUUCUUCGCUUCCUGUGUCCGGCCAUCAUGUCCCCCAGCCUCUUCGGCCUCAUGCAGGAAUAUCCCGAUGAGCAAACAUCUAGAACCCUCACCCUCAUCUCAAAGUUCAUCCAGAACCUGGCCAGCUUCAACAAGUUCAGCAGUAAAGAAGAGCACAUGUCGUUCAUGAAUGAGUUUCUGGAGUCGGAGCUGGCCAACAUGCAGAACUUCUUGUAUGAAAUCUCAAACAUGGACGCACUCACCAACAGCAGCAACUUUGAGGGCUACAUAGACCUGGGGCGGGAGCUGAGCACCCUGCACGCCCUGCUGUGGGAGGUGAUACCCCAGCUCAGCAAGGAUGCUCUUACAAAACUGGGACCUCUCCCCCGCCUUCUCAAUGAAAUCAGCCUUGCGCUCAGGAACCCCCACAUCCAGCGGCAGCCGAGUCACCAGGAGAGGUUGCCCCCACCUAAACCUGUCAUCUUAAGGGGACCGUCUGCGGAGCUACAGAGCUACCUCGUCCGGGACCUCAACAGCUCCAUUGACAUGACCCGACUUCCCUCACCCACCAAGGAUAAGUCCUCCAAAGACAUGUUCUUUGUCUCUCGUCGUCCCCUCACCCGCUCCUCGCCCGCCUAUUGCACCAGCAGCUCGGACAUCACAGAACCGGAUCAGAAGAUGCUUAGUGUGAAUAAGAGUGUGUCUAUGUUAGACUUGCAGGACAGCCGAAUGAACAGCGUUUCCAACCUUCAGGCAGUGGGGGACCUCCUAAACUCCAGCCAGGCCUCCAUCUCUGGAGGACUACGCCCAGGGGGCAGGCUCUCCCAGGGCAGCGGAUCCAGCAUUGCAGCAGGUCUGAGGUUGAGCCAGAUGGGGGUCACCACCGAUGGGCUCUCAGCUCAGCAGCUGCGCAUCCCCUUGUCCUUCCAGAACCCGCUCUUCCACAUGGCGCCUGAUGGCCCUGUUGGGCCACCCUCUCACCAGGCUCCUCAUCGGCCGGACCCUGGAGCUGAUGCCUUUGCCCCCUUUCAUGGGUACAGCAAGAGUGAAGACCUGAGUUCCGGAAAGCACAUGCUGCACAGCCACAGCUACAGCGAUGAUUUCACCCGGCAGGGCAAGAGGCAGCUAUCCCUUCAAGACAACCUGCAGCACAUGCUCUCUCCACCUCAAAUUACCAUCGGUCCCGGGGUCCCAAGGCGGCAAGAUUCACAGCCUCCUCCUCUACAUAGGGGAAAAUCCCAGCAACUAACAGUUCAAGCUGCUCAUAAACCUCGGCCAAGUAGCGGUAACCUCCUUCAGAGCCCAGAACCCAUGUAUGGGGCAGCGAGGAUACGGCAGCAGUCGGUUGAGAAAGACGCAGGCGGACUGAAACCUACCAUAACCAAGCAGCAUUCUCAUACACAAUCCACAUUGAACCCUGUCACUCCAGCCUCAGAGCGUACCGUUGCCUGGGUGUCUAAUAUGCCUCAUCACUCAGCGGAUAUAGAAAGCACUCACAUAGAACGGGAAGAGUACAAGUUAAAAGAAUACUCUAAAUCCAUGGACGAAAGCCGUCUUGAAAGGGUGAAAGAAUAUGAAGAGGAAAUUUAUUCGCUUAAGGAACGUCUGAUGAUGUCAAACAGGAAGUUGGAGGAAUAUGAGAGACGUCUCUUCUCCCAGGAAGAACAAACUAGCAAGAUGCUGCAGCAAUAUCAAAGUCGACUAGAGCAGAGUGAAAAACGUCUGCGGCAGCAGCAGGCGGAGAAAGAUUCGCAGAUCAAGAGCAUCAUAAACAGGUUGAUGCUGGUGGAGGAGGAGAUCAGGAAGGAUCACACACAAGAACCCAUCGAUAUGAAGAGGAGACUUAUCGAGGCUCAGGAGAAGAAGUUUCCCUCCGUGGGUUCAGCAGACCCGCGUCUGAGGCUGGUGACUCCAUGGAAUGGGGCCCUCCCACCUCUGCCUCCUCGACUCCAAAUCACAGAAAAUGGAGACUUUCUAAACUCAAGUGACCAUCACUAACCGGAGCUGAGGGGUCCGUCAUCCAGGAGCCUGAAAGGGGGGAGGAAGGGAGAUUGGGAUUCUCCCCCACUGAGGUGUCUGUCCAGGAGCCUCAGAGGGAGGACGGGGGGCUGGGAACCCCCUUUCUCCCUUGACUCUGAACCCCUCCCUCUGCGCCGUCCAGACCUGCGGCCGACAAUCUGUGUGAUCUGUGUGGGAAAUAGACGUCCCCGCACAUGGGAAGGGGAGAGAAGAGUGAGAAGGGGACUUCGCACUGAACUAAUCCUUACACCAUAAUCAUAAAUCUGCUACCUGCACCUCCCAAAAGAAACUUGGACUCCUUCACAUAACUCUCCUUGAUGCCACCCUUUCUAUUUUACUCCCUUGUCAUUUGCCUCCUUUCUCCUUCAUAUUAUCAGUCUCAGGUCUCAAACCUGGAGAUUCGCACUGACAGAUCUGCACUGUAGGGGACACUCCCCCUCAUAUACUGUUUUUUUCCUCAUUUAAUAUUUCCCUCUUACCCCAACCCAAUAAUCCCUUUUCCUCAUCUAUCUUACACUCACAAUUUAUUUUCCUGUUUAUUUAUUCCUCUAAUUGUUCACAAUCUCCCCCCCCCCCCAUUCAUUCUUGAAUACCCCCCUCUUUUUUUAAUGUUCUGUGCGAAAUGAGCAAAAACUCUCUGAGCCAAUCGGCUGAGGCGACUCCUGUCACAUGGGGAGUAGGGAAGAGAGGCAACUCACAGUCCCUAGAUUGGAAAAAUUGAAUGAGAAUGAGAAAAAUUAAAGGAGUCAUAUACAAGGAAAGGUAUCUUAGGCAUUCCUAGAAAAGGUGAGAAACUGGCAAAGCAUUGGGGGGUAUUUUAAUAGGUAUAGAACUGAAGGAUUAAGACAUAGAGAGACAGGGAUACAGGAGUGUGAAUGAGAGAAUGAACGUUGAGGAAUGAAUCGGUGGGGAUGAGAGAAUGAAUAAUGAUCCCCUCAGCUCGUUUUUACAGGUACAUAUUUUUCAUUUUACCUCCUUAAAAGAGGCAGCUGAUCUGGGAGACUCACAGAGAUCACUCAAUAUUCUUUAUUAUUAAAAAAAAUACAUUUAUUUAUCUAAAAUCUAUAAAUUUAUGAAGAGAUGAAUGAGUGAUAUGAGUCUCUCACCCAAAGAGCUUACAAUCUAACUCCACUUCCUGUGAUACGGGGAGAUUAUAAAUAACUUGGCCUCAAAGGUCGCAUGGAACUUGCGGUAGGUGGAGGGGGGAGGGUCUUCCACCCAUAUCAGAGGUUGGUGCCAUAAGUCCGCAGGGCCCCUCUUCACCCCGGUGACAGGAGCUGCCAGCCCUGAAAUGAAUGUGUCAGUAAAGAUAUUCUGAUUGUAUUUGGUUCUUUUUGACGUUCUGUGUAAAUAUAAAACAUUUAAAGAAAACAGAA